AUGUCAGUGAAGGAGGCCCUAUGUAUUGUGUCAAAAGUGUUCGAAGGAAAUAAGAAGGAUUUAAGGGAAUUUAUCGAAAAUGUAGAUGCAGCUUUUGAAUUAGUAAAGCCAGAGGAACACGAAACGUUAUUGAAGUUUGUUAAAGCAAAGAUAACCGGUGAGGCCAGGUCGAGAUUACAGGUGCGUGAACGCACAGGUACGUGGCAAGAGGUGAAACGCGUUUUAGAAGAAAACUAUGCUAGUAAGCGUACUAUAGACUACUACGCAUGUAAAAUUUUCCAAGCCAGACAGGGACACAGGGAACCAAUAGCAGUGUGGGCAAGCAGAAUAGAUGAAAUGCAGAGAAAUUUUCGAGAGGCAGUAAACAGAGUUACGGCCAGAGAAAACGUGAAAGGUGCGAUAGAACUAGUUGAUUCCUUAGGAAGAGCGUGCUUUAUACAGGGUUUAAGUAAUGACACAAUACAAACAAUAGUGAGAAGCAGAGGCGAUGAAAUUACGUUGGCAGCAGCAGUGGAGUUGGCACUGCAGGAGGAGAGUGCGAUAUUGUCCAUGAGAGAGUGGGGACUAGCCCCGAGGGUAACGUACACUCGAAAUAAAGAAGCUGUAAAAAACGCGAGAGAAAGUAAAGAGUUGAAAUGUCUCAAUUGUGGGCUGAGAGGUCACAUAGCCAGCAAGUGUAGGAAAAGCAGGCCAGAGCAUAGAGUACGAGCCAUGACGGGAGAUCAAAGUUCAUGGGACAAAUGGGUGCCGUAUGCAAUUUUUGUGUUCAACACUACACCACACAGCAGCACAGGUUAUCCACCAUUCAAAUUAAUGUACGGAAGGAAGGUUAACAUACCAGGAGUACUGCAGCAAGAAACACCGCAGGUAUGGCACUCAAGUGGCAAGUGGUGCAACUCAGCAUAG